AUGGCUAGAAAGAAGUCAAAGCUUGAAUACAUAGCAAACAACUCCAAGAGAAGGGCAACAUUUAGGGCAAGGAAAACUAGUUUGAUAAAAAAGAUUGAUGAGAUUAGCACCCUCUGUGGGGUUCAAUCUUGUGCUAUAAUCUACCCUCCAAAUGAACCUCAGCCAGAGGUUUGGCCAUCACCUCAGAAGGCCAAACAAGUGAUCUCCAAGUUUAAGGAAAUUCCCAAAUUGGAACAAAACAAGAGAAUGUUAACCCAAGAAAGUUUGUUAAGGAAAAGAAUCCAAAAGGCCGAAGACCAGCUAAAGAAACAAAAGGAUGAAAAUAGGCAGAAAGAGAUGAGCCAUCUAAUGUUUCAGUGUCUGAGCUCUGGUGAGGUCACUAGUAAUGCUAGCUUGAUUGAUCUUUGUGAUCUCUCACGUUUAAUUGAUCAAACUCUAAAGGAAAUUGACCUGAAGAUUGAAAGGAUCCAUGAUCAAGAAAAGAUGGCAAAUCAAGUUGAAGCUACACAAACCCAACCUUGAUUUGUUGAAAAUAUUAAAAACUCAAGUAGUUCUCAAGGGUGCAUUUCGUUAGUCUCUCUCCUGUUGUCAAUUCUCUAAUGUGUUUCUGGCUUAAGCCAUACUAGUCUAGUAGUAGUCUUCAUGCAUUUUGUUUU